CAUAAAAAGGUUACUAGUCCAAGCAAAAACAUGGCAAUAAUGUCAACACUGAGACCAAUUUUUAAACCUCGAUUAUCAUUGAGGGAUGGCAAUAGUAUUUUUCUGAUAGUCAAAACACCCGAAGAAUUAGGAAAUUUCACUCGAGUCAAGUUUAUGUCUCUACAGUCAAAAAGAACAGGAACAAAACUACUAGGAAAGGUUAUCUUUGAAAGAGAUGGAUUAUUAGAACAAUUCACUUCUACAUAUUUCACACUUUACUUAAAUCUAACUCGUUAA